AUGCCCAAGAUUUUGAUGGAAGAUAAUCAUAAGCCGGUGGUUCAACUACAACGAAGACUUAAUCCAACCAUGAAAGAGGUUGUUCGCAAAGAGGUUGUAAAGUUAUUGGAUGCGGGGCUGAUUUACCCCACACCUUUUCUUUUUGACAAAAAGUGCAGUGAAGCUUUAGAAAUCUUGAAGAGUAAGUUGGUGUCUUCUCCUAUAGUGAUUUCUCCUGAUUGGUCUCUCCCUUUUGAGAUCAUGUGUGAUGCAAGUGAUACUGCAGUAGAGGCAGUGCUAGGACAAAGAAAGGAAAAUCUCUUGCAUGUGAUUUAUUAUGCAAGUCAUGUGUUGAAUCAUGCCCAAAUGAAUUAUGCAACCACUGAAAAAGAGUUGUUAGUGGUUGUGCAUUCUUUUGACAAAUUUAGGUCUUACCUGUUAGGAUCGAAGAUGUCCCCGAUAGAAGAAAUAGAGGAGAAAUACCCUAUCAAGGAUGAGUUCGUCGAUGAACGAAUCCUAGCUGUUGCUGGUGUUCCAUGGUGUGUUUUGGAGGAAGAACAGAGAGACACCCUCAAAGCAUGUCAUGACUCAGAAUAUGGAGGACACUUUAGUGGCGAUAGAACAGUAGCAAAAGUCCUCCAGUCUGGGUUCUACUGGCCUAAAUUGUUCAAUGAUGCUCAAAUCAUAGUGAAGGAAUGUGACAAAUGUCAGAGGAUGGGUAAUAUCUCGAAGAGAAAUCAGAUGUCUCAAAAUGCUAUGUUGGAGGUAGAUUUGUUUGAUGUGUGGGGAAUAGACUUCAUGAGACCAUUUCCACCUUCAUUUGGAAAGAAUUACAUUUUGGUCGUUGUUGAUUAUAUGUCCAAGUGGGUAGAAGCUGUAGCAUUUCCCACAAAUGAUGCUAAAGUGGUUGUCAAUUUCCUCAAAAACUAA